AUGGCCAACAACCAAACAUUGAGGGAGCUGGCUGCUCCGGAGCUGACUCACCAGCCCUUAUGCAUCACAUUCCCCGCUUUGGCUGAGAAUACUGCUUUCGAACUGAAGUCGGGGUUGAUUCAACUCUUACCUUCUUUCCAUGGUCUCUCUGGCGAAGAACCCCACAAGCACGUAAAGGAGUUCGAGGUGGUCUGCUCUAGUAUGAAACCUCCUGGGGUCACUGAAGAGCAAAUUAGACUGAGAACCUUCCCGUUCUCUCUCAAAGAUGCAGCUAAAGAUUGGCUGUACUACCUACCAGCAGGUAGUAUUACCACAUGGGCGCAGCUGAAAAAGAAAUUCUUGGAAAAAUUCUUCCCUGCAUCCCGGGCUGCGAGUUUGAGGAAGGAGAUCUGCGGCAUUAAACAAUACCCCGGUGAGUCCUUGUACGAAUACUGGGAAAGGUUUAACAAGUUGUGCACUAGAUGCCCGCAGCAUCAAAUUAGUGAGCAACUGUUAAUCCAAUACUUCUACGAAGGGCUCCAAUCAACCGAUAGGAGUAUCAUCGACGCUGCAAGUGUGGGAGCACUGGCAAACAAGACACCAAGGGAAGCGUGGGAGCUCAUCGAAGCCAUGGCAGAGAACUCCCAGCAAUUUGGCUCCCGUGAGAGCAACCCUCCCCGUAGAGUCAACGAGGUAGAGACUUCAUCCUUACAGCAGCAACUGUCAGAAUUGACGUCAGUUGUUAGGCAAUUAGCCAUGAGAGACGCACCCCGAGCGAAGAUGUGUGGAAUAUGCACUAGCAUGGACCAUUGCACAGACUCGUGCCCCAUUUUGCAAGAGGACGGGGCGGAACAGGUAAACAUGGUCGGAGGCGUGCCUGCGCCCCGCAGGCAGUACGACCCAUACUCCAAUACGUACAAUCCGGGUUGGAGGGACCAUCCCAAUCUCAGUUAUGGGAACAGGCAACAAAAUGCAUUUCCAAAUCGUCCACCAGGAUUCCACCAGCCAUGGCAACCAAAAUCGCAACCUUCGUCCUCCAACUCAGGAAGUUCUCUGGAGGACCUAGUCAAAAACCUGGCCACGACUACUACCAACCUGGCCACGACUACUACCCAGCUUCAACAGGAGAUCAGAUCCUUAGCCGCGAAUACCGCGCAGCUCCAGCAGGACACCAAAGCUGACAAGAAGGACCAAGACAUUCGAAUAAGCCAACUGGCAAUUGCCAUCAACCGCUUGGAGUCCCACGUUUAUGGGAAACUGCCAUCGCAACCCGAGAUAAAUCCCAGGAAUGUAAGUGCCAUGACGCUGAGGAGUGGCAAGGAACUGGAAGGGCCUAAAGUGGAAAGUUCAAAAAGCAAAAGUGAAGAGGAGAUAGAGAAGGAAAUCGAAGAGGAAGGGCGUAUUCGCAAGGAUCCUAAGGUACCCAAGUACGCAAAGUUCUUGAAAGACUUGUGCGUUAACAAAAGAAAGCUAAGGGGUGAUGAAAGAGUGAUGGUGGGAGAGAAUGUAUCAGCUGUACUUCAAAGGAAACUCCCACCCAAAUGCGGAGAUCCAGGAUCAGUGCAUAUUGCUACUAGUUCACCCUUGAGAGUUUCUAGCUACGUACCACUCCUGGUCCGAAUCUCUAUUGUCUCCGGUGACUGCAUCCAUGUUGAGCUUCGUAGUCCCAUAUCUCUGGGACUACUGCUAUUAUUCUCGCCUUGUGCUUCUACGAAUUGGCAGGCAUUUUUUGUUCGACAAAAAUGA